GCUAGUGCGCCACCGCAGUUCCCUCCUCUCGCUCCCGCAGAGAAGCUAGGUUUCCCACCGCGCCGCCGAUUUCCUCACCCUCUCUCCCGCGGACCCCCUUGCUCAGCAACGGAAGUGAGGCCACCCCUUCUUCUCACCUCCCCCCUAGUCCGGCGAGCUCCAUGGCCCCUCCGACGAACCCCCCGGCGACUGCAUCCCCACCUCAGCCCCGCGCUGCUUCCCCGCCGGGCACGCACGCCGCCCGCUCGCCCCGCGCACUCCGCCCUACACCCCUGCCCCACCAGCCAGUCGCCUCCGACGCCGGUGCCUUCCCCACCAACUCCGGCAACCGGCGGCCACCCCGCCCUCCCGAUCCACCACAUCCCUUCUCUUCCCCUUGGCCGAUCCACGCGGGCGGCGACCCUCCGUAGCCAUGGCCAACAUGCUGCGUCUGUACGUCACUUGCAUCUGCAACACUCUGGAGGCCGCCAUGUGCCUGCAGAAUUUCCCUUGCCAAGAGGUCGAGAGGCACAACAAACCGGAGGUGGAGCUCAAGACUAGCCCUGAACUUCUGCUGAAUCUGGUGUCCGCAUUUCGGGAGAGCAAGUCCGACGACAGGAGAUUCUACAUAUUUUCUCCCACAAAGACACUUCAUUUGAAGACAGAUUCGAAAGAUGACCGCGUCGCUUGGAUCGAGGCCUUGAUAUUGGCGAGGAGUGUUUAUUCGCUCAGGUCACUCAGUGGAAGGAUAACUUUUGUGCAGAGUGAUGUUUCAGUUUCCACCACAAGGCUUCGAAAUCGGAUGCGCCAGGAGGGUUUAAACGAGAGUCUUAUACAGGACUGCGAACAAAUUAUGCUUUAGGAGUUUUCAAGCUACCGAAAGCAACUGAAGCUACGCUACAAGGAUCAUCUAAGCUUGUUUGGAUCCAGCAGACACCAUUUUGAGGAAAUUUACAUAGUGUAUUACACGCGUAUUUGUGCAGGAAGGUAAAGAUGGAAAUAUAAUACAGGGGGCGUUGACAAAAAAUGAUUUUUCUAGUUCCCGACAUGGAAAUUUUAGUGGUUGCCACGCGGAUGCUCUUUGGACUAUGAUAUGGACAUGAAGGCAUUUCUUUUAGUGCCAAAUAUUACUUACUAAUGCCUGCAAAGUAUCGUUGUGUAUUAUAUUU